AUGAAAUUCAAUGCUCAGCUUAUUCAGGCCGACACGGGUCAAGACGUUUCGGACUUUAUCUUCAUCCAAACCCAACCCUCCAUCGUCACAUUCCUUGUGAACAUUCCCUCUUCCGGUUUCUACAAGUUACAAAUCCAUGGCAACGUAGCCGAGGACCAGUCCCAUACAUCCCUUGGUCUCUUCAACUAUCUUAUCCGCUGUAAAGAAGUCACAGAGUCCGUGUACCCAUACCCACGUCAGCUUGGUCACUGGAAAGAAGGCUGUUACAUGUUCGAACCGUUAAUCCUGCACGCGGAUAUGAAUCAACCGGAAGUGAAAUUUCGCACUCACGUUCCGAAAGCAAAACAAGUGGUUAUAUUGGUAGAACAAAACGUCUGUCCUUUGGAGUCGCUUGGUCCGGUACAGUGGGAAGGAAACAUCAAUUUGUCCAAAUAUUACGGCACGGAUACGAUAGUGAUAUUAGCAGCAAAUUAUGGGGGUGAUGAGGAAAGAUUUGCUACACUUUUAGAAUACAAAUUGUAG